AAUACAGAGGAACUCGGAUGUGGUUUGUGUCAUGAGUCCGGCCGGGUGCUCCCAUGUGAGCGGGUUCAAAGUGGACAACUGGAAGCAGAAUCUGCGGCUCAUAUACCAGUGCUUUGUGUGGAGCGGCUCUGUCGAAACCAGGAAACGCAAGCUAUAGACCUUUUGUACGGUGGAAUAUAUUGCUUUGUGUGCCAAGACUACAUAUACGACAAAGAGAUGGAGCAGAUUGCCAAAGAAGAGCAAAGAAAAGCGUGGAAAUUGCAAGGUAUUGGAGAGAAAUAUUCAAUGUGGGAGCCUACGAAACGAGAGCUGGAGCUGCUGCGACACAACCCCAAACGGAGGAAAAUUACAGCCAACUGCACCAUAGGACUGAGGGGUUUGAUAAACCUCGGGAACACGUGCUUUAUGAACUGCAUCGUUCAGGCUCUCACACACACUCCGCUGCUGAGGGACUUCUUUCUGUCCGACAGACACAAGUGUGAAAUGCAGUCCAACUCCUGCCUCGUGUGUGAAAUGUCUCAGCUCUUUCAGGAGUUCUACUCGGGUCACCGCUCUCCUCACAUUCCCUUCCGGUUGCUGCAUCUGGUCUGGACUCAUGCACGACACCUCGCCGGAUACGAGCAGCAGGACGCUCACGAGUUCCUCAUCGCUGCUCUGGAUGUGCUGCACAGACACUGCAAAGGAGAUGACAAUGGGAAAAAAGCCAACAACCCAAACCACUGCAGCUGCAUCAUUGACCAAAUCUUCACGGGAGGCCUGCAGUCUGACGUCACCUGCCAAGUCUGCCAUGGGGUUUCCACGACAAUAGACCCAUUCUGGGACAUCAGCCUGGAUCUGCCGGGUUCGUCCACCCCGUUCUGGCCACUCAGCCCAGGCAGCGACGGCAGUGUGGUGAACGGAGACAGUCACCCGAGUGGAGCCACCACACUCACAGACUGCUUACGCAGGUUCACUCGACCCGAACACUUAGGAAGCAGCGCCAAGAUCAAAUGCAGUGGUUGCCAUAGUUACCAGGAGUCCACCAAGCAGCUGACUAUGAAGAGACUUCCUAUCGUGGCGUGUUUCCACCUCAAACGGUUCGAGCAUUCGGCGAAGCUCCGGCGGAAGAUCACCACCUACGUGUCCUUCCCUCUAGAGCUGGACAUGACGCCCUUCAUGGCCUCCAGUAAAGAGAGCCGGAUGAACGGACAGUACCAGCAGCCUGUAGACUCUCUAAACAAUGACAACAAGUAUUCUCUGUUCGCGGUGGUCAAUCAUCAGGGCACGCUGGAGAGCGGCCACUACACCACCUUCAUCCGCCAGCACAAGGACCAGUGGUUUAAAUGCGAUGAUGCCAUUAUCACUAAAGCCAGCAUUAAAGAUGUUCUGGACAGCGAGGGGUACUUGUUAUUUUACCAUAAACAGUUCCUUGAAUAUGAAUAAUGGAGAUGCAGGAGCAGCCGAGUCAAAGCUGUGAAGGGAGGAUCGUAUGAGUGAAGCCUGACAAGAGCGUUACCACAUACACAUGCAGCCUUUCUCACUACAGAAAAGCGAAAGAACAGCAUACAAUUUAAAAAAAAGAAAAAAAUGACAGCUAAACCAAUCUGCACUGAGCAACCGGAGCGUACUUGACAGAAAGAGGAGGAGAUGGAGUUCUCACUACAUCUCAGCAUUUCACUUUCAGUCGCCUUUUCUUCAAGAACGAAUCGGAAACAUUCGCUCGCAUUUUCUCAUCCUCCUCCAAUGAUUUUCCGAGAAGUAUAUGAGGGAAAAAUAUUCCUUUUUUAUUUCUUCGUAUGCAUUAUUGAUGUACUUGAAUGCAAAAGAAAGGUGUUAUUGACUUCAGCGUAAACCUAUAUUGUCGUUCGUCGCUUGAGUUUGGAAAUACUGAAAUCCUCAUCCAGCACUUUUGAUUUGUGUUUUAGUUUUUUUUCAUUCACAGCACAUCUCUGCCCUCGUUUUUGUCGUCUUUUUCUUUGGGCUGGAAAUG